AUGUCCUUCGAUGUUACUCCUCCGCCGCCCCCCAAGAAAUCGCGAUUCAAGUCUGCUGUCACGAUCGCCAACAGGACUUUUUGGCUUGCACUACUGGCUGGAGCGGGAUCGUUCUAUUAUAAAGACCGCAAUCCGGGCCCGCAGCUUCCUCAUGAAGCCGGCAAGAAAAAUAUUGUCGUUCUCGGGUCUGGCUGGGGUGCCACUGCAUUUCUGAAUGCGCUGGAUACCACAGAAUACAACGUUACUGUCAUUAGCCCAAGGAACUACUUCCUUUUCACGCCUCUAUUGCCAAGUGUAGCCGUCGGGACACUGAGUACCCGGUCCAUUCUCCAGCCUACACGCUAUGUUACGCGACACAAGACUCGUAAUGUUAAGGUCAUCGAGGCGGAAGCCCAAUCAGUCGACGUUGCGAACAAGACUGUUUCUUUCAUCGACAACUCCGACAUCCAAGGCUCGGUAUCUUCGACCACCCUUCCCUACGACUAUUUGGUGUACGCUGUCGGUGCAGAGACACAAACCUUUGGAAUUCCAGGUGUCCAGGAACACGCUUGCUUCAUGAAAGAAUUGAACGAUGCUGAGAAGUUCCAACGUCGUUUCUUAGACUGCCUUGAAUCUGCUGCUUUUCCAGGCCAAUCUGAGGAAGAAAUCGAUCGGCUACUCCAUAUGGUUGUGGUUGGCGGUGGCCCGACUGGAGUCGAGUUGAGCGGAGAGCUUCACGACUUCCUUGAGGAAGACCUCAAAUCAUGGUACCCAGAGUUAGCCGGUCGCAUCAAGAUCACUCUUGUCGAAGCUCUUCCCUCCGUGCUACCAAUGUUCAGCAAACGCUUGAUUGACUACACCAUGUCGACCUUCAAGGAGAGCAAAAUUGACAUCAUGACACAAACCAUGGUGAAGGAAAUCAAGGAGCGGAGCGUAACGCUGGCCAUGCCGGAUAAGAGCAUUUCUGAAAUGCCGUGCGGGAUGGUAGUCUGGGCCGCCGGUAAUCGCAACCGCAAGAUCACGCAGGACUUGAUGGCCCAGUUGCCAGCCGACCAGACAAAUAAACGCGGCAUUACUAUUGAUGAGAGUAUGCAAAUGAAGGGAACCAAUGGAUCCAUCUUUGCGUUGGGCGAUUGUACAGCAUCAUCACAUGCACCUACUGCUCAAGUAGCGUCGCAACAAGGCGCUUAUCUGGCUCGCGCCUUCGCUCAACGGGCUAAGCGUGAUGCUCUGCAAACGCAGGUCACAGAUUUGGAGAACACCCUCGCUAUGACGUUACACGACGAUACCCAGAAACAAGUCAAAGAAGAGGCGGAGUCAGCUAGAAGAGCUUUAGCUAAAUUCAAGAUCAGACCCUUCACCUACUCGCACCAGGGCACAUUGGCAUACAUAGGUUCUGACAAGGCUAUCGCCGACCUCCCUCUCCUGAACGGAAGUCUAGCUUCUGGCGGAGUUUUGACAUAUUACUUUUGGAGAAGCGCGUAUCUGAGUACAUUGUUCUCUUUGCGGAAUCGCACCCUCGUCGCUACGGACUGGGUGCGUACUAAGAUUUUUGGACGCUUUUACGCUCUCUUCGCCACCCUGCUCAUCAUAACCACUUCUGCAGCUGAACACGCUCAUCAGUGGUCUCGCCGCUCCCAUCACGCUAUUGCUAGGUCUCAAGUCCAAGUUGGGGUUGCCGUCCACUCUCCAAGGCAAAACACCCGCAAGAAAUGUCGGGCCCCAUCAAAUCCGGGCUCGGUUGGCCUGGCAAGUGGGACUGACGUCCUUGUUACCCCCACAUCUCUGUCUGCCAGACCAACGUUGACCAAAUCAACGAAGCAUACGACCAAAACUUCAACCUCUUUAGAGUCGUCGCACUCAGGUAGCUCAAGUGGGAGUGGUGGAUCAGGGGGAGGGGGAGGAGCCCUCUCGUUGAACGCGCUAUUUCCCAUUGGCACGGGAUCCAAGUCGUGGACAACAUCUCCCAAAUCAUCGAAUGCCAUGUCUCUGUCCGACAGCACGCUCAACCCGACAAAGCUUCUCAGCGCACUGAGUCACACCUUUAUGAAGGCUCCUGACGGUAAAACAGCAAUGAGAGCCAUCUACCCCGAGGGUUCAUGGACAUACAACCACUCUCCACAAGGCGGACUAAGCUUUUAUGCCCCAGGACCCCGCCAACUCGAUGUCACAACUGCCAAAGAGCUUACAUUUGGUUACUCGGUCUUCUUCCAAGAUGGCUUCGAGUUCAACAUGGGUGGCAAACUUCCCGGUCUUUAUGGUGGAAACAGUGCCGAGGAUUCUGUUAGCUGCUCUGGUGGUCGUCGCUCGACUGCGUGCUACUCGGCUCGCCUCAUGUGGCGCACGGAUGGCAUGGGCGAGGUUUACACAUACCUCCCGGACUACGAAGUUGGUGGGUUUUCAGCCAACAAGGCUGUCUGCAAUGUUGCGCCAUUUUCGGAAUGCAACCCUACCUACGGUGCCAGCGUUGGGCGUGGCUCCUUCCACUUCGCCACUGGAGCAUGGACCACUGUAUCCCAACGGGUUCGGCUGAACGACGUUGGCAAAGCAAAUGGAGAAAUCCAGCUCUGGGUCAAUGGCAAGAGCGUGGUCAAUGUCAACGGUCUUAUCCUCCGUGAUAGCAGCGCUGGGAGACACCGCGGAAUCCAGAUGCAGACUUUUUUUGGUGGCAGCACGUCCGACUGGGCAUCUCCCAAGACACAGGAUGCUUACUUUUCCGACUUCUCCAUGGCCAUCACUGAAACGCUAUAA